AUGUUGCGGUGCUCACAGCUGUCCAAUAGUUUGUUUGAUAGCAGUAAAGCAGUAGACACGCAUCUCCCGAGGCCUGAGCUGUGCUGCGUCGUCGCCUUUCAGAGCUGCGUUCUGAACUCCGUCGUCGUGGAUGUGUUUAUGAACUUGGUAACGGUUGCCUCCACAACGCCCGACAAAAAUGGGCGACUCGACGAACUUCAGCAGCCCAACAGCGAACAGGACGGCGAGCCUGAGGAGGAGGAGGAGGGUCACUCCGCUCCGAGCACGCCCACACACGAGAGCAACUCUCGCCCACAAUACAAACCCGCCCACAACUAUUACAAUAACCAGCACUACCGACGCGGCGGUCACCACGCCGGCUAUUACGACAGAUCCUACGAUAGGAGGUUCGACAAAAACUACGACAGAAGAGGAAGCUACGAGAAGUACAAGAAUGAGAACCUCAGGAAUUUCGAGAACCGGGGGCCCUACGAGAAGCCCUACGGCAAGUUCUAUGAUCGGAACUUCUACUACGACAAUAACAAGUAUUAUGGACGACCCCCGUUCUACGAGCGUGGCUUCAAGUUCGGCGGAGGCUUCGUAGAGCGAGGCCGACGACCCUUCCGACCGUACGGCCGCCCGGGCUUCUUCCAGCGAGGCUUCCACGGGCCCUUCCAGGAUGGCGGCCAUCCGAAGGGCGCCGGCGGAGGCCAGGAGGACGAGGAAUGGGAGGAGAACUCGACGGAGGAGCAGCAGCAGACCGGGUCGGCAGGCGAGGGGGACGGGCGCCCUUCUCAGCCUGUACACACCGUCAUGAUCAACAAUGAGGAAGAACCACUCUCGUCUCCCCCGACAGAAGAAUACACCAAGAUCCAGACGCCCCGCCAGGAGGUGAUCUUCAAGAAGAGUUCCUUGGACCGGAAGCGGGACUCCAUCGACCAAGGCUCCGUCACGGGCUCCAUGACCUCCGGGAGCGGCUGCAGCUCCACCAGCGGCGCCGACCAGGGAUCCAGGAGCGGCGCCCCCCCGCCCGACCAGGUGGACCAGUCCUCCGUCACGGGAUCCACCGACGACAACUCGCUAGCCGGCGAGGAGGCAGCUGACGCCAUGCCGGCUGACCAGGUAUUCGAAGACCCCACGGACAUGUUCGUCAGCGAGCCGGGACAGCCUCCCUUGGCGGGCGUGGUGAUGCAGCAGGCCUACCCCGGCGGCCCCAUGAUCACCAUCCCUGUGCACUGGACCCCCUUCAUCGACCCCGUCCUCAUCCCGGGGGAGACGGCCCUCACCCCUCUGGACCCCGCCUUCACGCACGUCAUAGACCCCAAGGCCCUGCCCAUCGACCCCGUGCAUAUCCUGCCCGUCCAGCACGAUGAGACAGGCUGUCCCGUCCAGGUCCAGGUGAAGGUGGAUGCAAACGGAGUCCCAAUCCAGAUCGAGCCCAGCGCCUUCACCGUGUCGCUGAGCUCCCUCCAGCAGCAGCAGCACCUCCCCCCACAGCAGCAGCUGGAGGAGCAGCCCCAGUCUGACGAGGCGCAGGAAGACGGGGCGAGCAAGACGCCCCCCUGCGACGAGCAGCUCCGCCCGGAGGACGGAGCAGCGUCGCCCGCGGACCACACGCCUACCUCAAGCACCGCCACUGCCCACCACUCUGUCCAGUCUUCCUCGCCCGCUUGCGCCGACGACCAGGGCGCCCCGCAGGACGCAGCGGGGGCGUCCAGUCUCGAGGAGGAGGAGGAGGAGGAGGAAGAAGAAGACGAAGAAGAGGAAGAAGAAGAAGAAGAGGAGGAGGAGGAGGAAGAGGAAGAGGAAAAAGAAGAUGACGAGGAGGAGGAGAAAGAGGAAGCAGAGAGCGUCAAAGAUACAAACGAAAAAGCAGAAGCAUGCAGAGAAGCAGAGGAUACUGGAAAAACACAGGAGCCUCAGCAGGACAAUUACGUCAUCCCGCUGGCUGUGCCUUCCACAGUUGCCGGCGAGAUGAGUCACCCUCUGGCGACGGCGAGAAGUGCGAAGACCCAGGAAUCGCGCGUCGACGACGACGAGGAGGAGGAAGACGAAGACGAGGAGGAGGACAUGCUGGCGAAGGAGUCCGAGGAAGGAUCCGACUCCAGCGACUCGCAGUACGCGAGCAUGAGCGAGUCGUCGUCCACGCCCACCACUCCAGCGGGCGAGCCUUCCGACGCCCACGAGGCGAGCGCGCCCACGCAGCCCCCUUCCUCCACCAACCUCUCUGCCGACGCCCCUGACAACACAGGCAAGGGCGAAGAGCAGGAGGACAAGGGAGUUGACAGCGCAGACAAUACCGCCUCCUCGGACAGCAACAUGACAGACAGCAGAAUCACAGAGAGCAGCAUCACAGACAGCAUGACCACCGAGAGCAGCCAAGCCAGCACGGACGCCGGCGAGGGCUCCGCCGCCCCCAACCCCGCGGACUCGACGAGCAUCAUGCAGGGCUACGUCAUGGUGCCCAUCCUGACGCCCUACUACGACCCGUCGGUCAUCUACGGAUACCCGGUGGUCGUGGCUGACCAGCAGCAGCAGCAGCAGCAACUACACCAGCAGCAGCAACAGCAACGGAACUACAGCAAGAGAAAGAAGAAGAAAUACCAGCGCCGCCGCCAGGCCGAGUCCGCAUCUGGAGGCUACCUGGACCCCCACCUAUACACGGGGGAGCCCUUCGUGGCCACGCCCGGCGGAUACGUGGUGCCUCUGGACCCCGCUUCCGUGUGCCACGUGCACGGCCUUCCGUACGUGCCACAGCCCUUCCCCGCCCAAGCGCCCCUGCCCCACCAGGCGCACGACGAGGGCUUCGUGUCCGUGCAGCACUCGCCGUACCUUCCCGAGGCCGUGCCUCCUCCGGGGGGCGAGCAGGCGCAGCAGCCGGGCGGAACGAGCGGCGACGACGUCUCCAAGACGGUCUUCAGCGACCUGCAGGAUACGGAGCGGCGACAGAUCCAAGAAAUCCUGCAGGAUCGGGCGAAGGUCGGGAAGUCGGACUCGACCGAAUCCUCCGACUCCGGGGUUUCGGAGUCCGAGGAAACGGCGGCCACUGAGCUGUCCUCGGACGAGCUAGAGGCCCGCGACCGGAGGACCUCGCGCGAGCAGGGCACGGCGGCCGAGCAGGGCGACCCUGCCGGCGAGGAGGCAGCGGCGGCGAGGCUAGAGCUUCAGUCCCCUGAGGAGACCUCUCGCGAUGAAGCGGCAGGAGAGGCUUCUCCGGACGCCAGUCAGUUUCAGGAAACUUUAAAAAACGGAACAUGUAUUAAUGCUCAACUUGAUUUACCAGAAGUUUCAUCGCCCGACGAUACCCUUUCAGUAACAGCAGAAACUACCGCAGAAACUGUUUCGUUAACGGCGAGCGACGACAGCAGCCCGAAGGUUGCGGAACAGUGUGAUGCAAGCGGCGCUGAGGAGCUGCUCUCACAAACUCCUGUGAGCUGUGAAGAUGUGAGUGACGUCUGCAGAAGUACGCCAGUGCCGGCGCCGGUAACUGAAAUCACUGACGCUGAAAGUUGCACAACGUUGGCGCUCGCUGACAGUGCAGCGUUAGAAAGUGUUUGUGCAAGUCCUGUGUCCGGUGCGGAGUCUGAAGUUACUGAAAAGGAGGAGGAAAAUAAUUGUGGCUCGAGUACCGAUGUCGACGUUCAGAGUUCCAAAAUUAGUUUUACAGAAUCAAAUGAUAUUUUUGACAGCGCUGAUGCUCACAAAAUAGGCGAAAAUCAUAAAUGUUCAGAAUUGAUAGAGGAAAAAGAUAAAGUAACUACUACAGAGAAAUCCUUAGAAUUAGCCACAGAAGAUUCAGCAGAUGGUGAAGUACACUGUAAGAGCACUGCAGAAGUCUCAUUCAGUAAUGAAACUAGUGAUGUCUGUGUCGAAAGCAAUGUCGAGUCAGUUUGUGAUUUUUUAACUAAGGGUGCUGAGGCUAACCUUAAGUGUCAGGGUGAGGUGGCAGUCAGCAGUGAGCCUGACAUCCAAUGUUCUAAGAUUUCUGCUCAGGAGUUGGAAAUUGCUCAAGACUGUCCUGUUGUUCCAGGAAACACAAAUCUAUGCGAUAUUAGUGUUGACUCGAGAACAGAAGGUGCUGUGAAUGACGGAGGGACUAGAGAGAGCAGUAUAGAUCGCGAUAGUUUAAAAGAUUUGAAGGUGACUGAAGCUGUGAAGAGGUGGAUUAGGGAAGUCACUCCUGAGAAGGCUUUCACCCUCUCCGAGGAGGUGCAGAGCCUCCUCCUGGCCGACCAAGAGCUCGACGACGAGCUGGACACAGAGGACGAGUACAUUGAAGACGAGAUCUCAGAGGAAGCAAAAGCAAUUGUUAUGGAUCCAAAAAACGUGGAAGGCAACCCUUUUGUUGCAGACUCCAGUGAUGCCCUGAAAUCGGACAUGGAGCGCUGCAGCAAAAGGGUUGCUUCUUGCAGCAGGUCAAGGGGGGCCACUCCCGAGACUUUUGACGAGUACGAUGGCGCCAGCACCAUCAGUAACCUCAGCUUCGACCGCCUGUAUUCCGAGGCAUCGUCCAGCCGCCCGGCCUCUACCAAUCAUAGCUUUGACGAAGAGGAGAUCGAGAAAUAUUCUGGAAACCCUGAAAUCUACAACCCAGUAGCAUAUGCAAAAUACUACCAGCUAGGCAUUGAGGUUGACGAGACCACCCCUGUCGCCACGCCCCUUCCGGGAAGCGCCAGCAGGACCCGAGAGGCAACUCCGGCGGCCGAGGCUCACUCGGAAGCCGGAAGUGACUGCGGGUCUGAGGAGGUGGAGACCGUUCCCCACAAGUACGACGUGGCCCAGCAGCACUCGGAGGCGCCCCCGAUGUCCCUCGCCACGGAGAUCCUGAAGGCAGAGAAGCUGCUGAACAACAUGGCUCAUAUUACCGGUACUCCACACGAGGCGGCAGCAGCGGAAGAGCGCUUCGGGAAUCCAGAUAUUUUUCUUAAGCAUUUCAGAACAGGCCUACACGGUGAAGUAGGGGACAGUGGAGUCCAGUCAGAGGAGAGCAGUGAUGAAACUGAAGCUCGGAGUACUGUUGGCAGCAGUGGUGUUGGCUCAUCACUCGCCUCCACACCAGCCAUUUCCCCAGCACACCACACCAGUGGCAGGCCGCCCCUCCAGCCGCACCCACUGAAAAACCUGAGUGUUGGAGAGGGUCCUGUGCCCUGCAGGACAGUUUGCUGUGCUGUCAUGUGAGCAUCCUACGGUGUAUACUGUGGGUUUUGUUCCAUCAUAUUAACCCUGUGGCUUGGAAGGCAGGCAAAGGGGGCACUUCUCCCGCCUCCGCCCGCUUGUGCCUUACAGGGAGACUCCUGGGUGGGGGACUACCCAGACACUGAGGGUACAACGCUUAAACUGCUGUGAACUGCGGCCCCGUGGGUCACAUGCUCACUUGUAAUCUGUAGGUGCACAUUACUGUGAAAAAGACAGUGUGUGUGCGCAAAUGUGUGUGUGUGUGUACGUUGGACGUAAAUCGAGUAGUGAGUCCGUGCAAGGUUGCUGUAGGAUAGAGUCAUCGAGUCACGCAAGAGCCGUGCUUUUGGUGCUAUGGUCAGUGGGGUCCAGAGCCCUCAUGGCCUCACAUGGGUUGCACUGCACUUGAAGCCUGUAGGCCUGUUAGGGGUCGUUGCCCACGCCCCCGCAACCACUUUCGCCUCCAUAAGGUGUCGUUGCACCUGCAGGUGUGUGGGCGUGAGAUUGAGUCACAUCACCCAGAAUCGCUUCAUUCUCAUGCAAUGUCAUUGUGAUAGGUAUAGUGAACCCUAUAGAUAGCUGUUAUUUAUUUUUAGACAUGUGAUGUUUUAGUCGUUAUUAUAGAGAUGUUAUACCCUUGUGCAUUUAGAUGUCAUUUGGGUAGUGUUUAUAGUAGGUAUCAUAUUUUGUUGCAAAAGAGCAUAGUUGUAGGUGGGCCAGGUGCCCCACAUGGGUACACAGGCUGGGACAACAUGGGACUUGUUCAAGAGAGUGUGGACCUGAUCCAAAUAUAUCAGUGUUAUGGUCUCCCUUGACAGAUUUUUUUCCUCAUCACUAAAAUUCAUAACCAUGUCCUCAGAGAGAAAUUUACUGUUAUGUUCCCCCAAGCCUAGCUACCCAUCAUCCUUUUAUGUUGUUAGAAGAGCUGCUUCUUAAGACUGCAGCUUCCACAUCACCUUCGACGCCUGUUUUGUUGCAACUGUUGGAUGUCAACGGAGACCCAUUGCUGCAUAACGUUAAGUUGCUUAGUGCACAGCAAUAGUUUGACUAUGCACGUCACUUGAUCUGUUAUGGUUAUUAUUAAAGGGUAAUAUUGUAACUAAUAGUCUCCCAUGGAUUAGAGAGAGAGAAGCUUGAUUAUUGUUAAACAACGAAUUGUGCGAAAUGGUUGUUUGUGUAAGGCAUAGCGAGUUUGAGUUGUUGUUUGUUAUAGCCUAUAUACAAUGGAACUGAAGUUCACCUAUUUUUGCUGAUACCUGUUUCCAGGUUUUUACCUCUUGUUGUACGGUAAAUGAAUUGCUGACCAAAAUGCACUCUUGUUUGCAUAUCUUCAGCCUUUGUGAGCAAUGGACUUUGAUCCUUUUGCCUCUGUGACUUAAGACUGUGGCAGCUUAAAUGAAGUACCUUGGCUGUGUUAAAGAUGUUAUUUCAUAAUUACAAAUCAUAAUUUCCAUUAUUUUUCCCAGAGAUAAACCAGAGACCAACAAUUUCGUUGUUUGUCAAUUUCCACUGAUGCCAUGUUACUUAUAUAUUCCAUAGACAAGAAAUGGCUGCACCCUCUAUGGUACCGCCAAGGAUGUUGGAUUGUUAUUUUCUUUUUGUAAAUAUAGAUUCAAUAAAAAAUUGUUGUAUUUA